AUUGAGACUUUAGGGGUCAGACCUAAAUCAAAACCAGAUCUGUGCAACCCCCUCUCCCUCGUCCACCCUCUGUUUUCGAUCCCUGUCUCUCUCUUCUCCAUUGGCGGCCUUCUUCUCGGUUGCUACCUUUCUUACCUUGAUUUCUCACUGCUGAUCGAAACCCUAAGCUAACACCUCAAAAAAGCCAACCCAAAAUCUGAAUGCAAACCACUCUUCCGCCACACUUUCUGUCUUCCUCCACCGUCAUUCGCCAUCUGCAAUUUCUCCAUGCUCAUCUCUUUAAUCUCUUACCACUUUUGUCUAUAAACGUCAAACCCCCAUCAUACACUUUUCUAAUUCCCUUCCAAAUUUCCCAUAUUUUUCUCAAUCUAACACCCAAUUUUCUCUGCCCAGCAUUUUGAUAUGCAGGGUGUGGGGGAUCAUGGGUUCCAAGGAUCCUGCUCCGGUGGUUGACAACGUUAAGAGGGCAAAGCAGGUGCCGGUGGACUGAUUUCACUCUCUUUAUAGCGUGCAAGUGAAACAUAAAUGUGGUAUUGCUUAUAUUUGCACAAGAGGUCUUGUGUGAAAAUUAAAGUCGGACAGUAUCAAGGGGGAAUUGUACUUGGUAUUAAUAAAUUGGAGGAUAGAUCUGUGUCUCGAACUAGCACGUCAUGCACAAGCCAAAGCUCUUUUUGCAAGGACUCUUUUGGGUCAUCGCCUUUUUCACUCUUCUGCACACACUCUCUCUCCAAAGCCCCAAACCCUCACUUCCCUGCUCAAUCAUUGCAGAUUGGCAUAGAGAGAGAGCUUGAACAACAACUUCAACUUCAGCUGUUACUUUCAGUGAGAUUUCAGAGAGAGACGGCAGCAGCUAGGAGAAUAUGUGAGGCUGUUCCUAACGUGAACAAGGACAAUAACCAGGUAAUUCCAGUUUUGCUUAAAGUUUAUUAAGAUGUUUUAAGAUUAUAAUGUGGAUUAUUUGUAGCUACCAGCAAACAAUGAUUAUAAGACAAUAUUUUUUAUAAGACAAUAUUUAUAGCUUCCCCCUUUGCAAUAGAUUAAGGAAAGUAAUUAAGGAUUAAUCAUCAUGUUACUUUUAGGUAUAAGACAAGAUUCUGUGGCCAAUUAUGUUGCUUAAAAUGAGAUGUUGUAAUACAGACUAAUUUGAAUUAUAUAUUGUUGGUUGGAAGACCUGUUGAUAAGCCCUGCGGUUGGAUUCUAGACUUGGCUCAAUAUAAUUGUUGAAUUUCAGGAGUGUUAAUACUUAAUAUGUACUUGAUAUUGGUUUGUGCUAUAU